GCGAGCAAGAAACAUGGCGGAGGUCGAGCUGAACGUCGAUAGCCUCAUUUCUCGAUUACUGGAAGUGCGAGGAUGUCGUCCAGGGAAAACGGUGCAGAUGACCGAGGCUGAGGUUCGAGGGCUCUGUAUAAAGUCCAGGGAGAUUUUCCUCAGUCAACCAAUUCUGCUGGAACUUGAGGCUCCUCUUAAAAUUUGCGGUGAUAUUCAUGGGCAGUACACAGAUUUGCUGAGGCUCUUCGAGUAUGGAGGCUUCCCUCCGGAAGCUAAUUAUCUCUUCCUGGGUGAUUAUGUGGACAGAGGGAAGCAGUCGCUGGAAACAAUCUGUCUGCUGCUCGCCUACAAGAUCAAAUACCCAGAAAAUUUCUUCCUGCUCCGGGGGAAUCAUGAGUGCGCUUCCAUCAAUCGCAUUUACGGCUUUUAUGACGAAUGCAAGCGAAGGUUCAACAUCAAGCUCUGGAAGACCUUCACAGACUGUUUUAAUUGUCUGCCAAUCGCUGCCAUAAUUGACGAGAAAAUCUUCUGCUGCCAUGGAGGCCUCUCCCCAGAUCUGCAGUCCAUGGAACAAAUUCGACGCAUAAUGAGACCAACGGAUGUGCCAGACACGGGCUUGCUGUGUGAUUUGUUGUGGUCCGACCCAGACAAGGAUGUACAGGGCUGGGGGGAAAAUGACCGAGGGGUCUCCUUCACUUUCGGGGCCGACGUGGUCAGCAAGUUCCUCAACCGCCAUGACCUGGACCUCAUCUGCCGGGCACAUCAGGUUGUGGAAGAUGGUUAUGAGUUCUUUGCGAAGCGACAGCUGGUGACUCUGUUUUCUGCCCCCAACUACUGCGGAGAGUUUGACAACGCAGGAGGUAUGAUGAGCGUGGACGAAUCCCUCAUGUGCUCCUUUCAGAUUCUGAAGCCGUCAGAGAAAAAAGCAAAGUAUCAGUAUGGAGGGGUGAGUUCGGGGCGUCCCGUCACCCCGCCUCGCACCACUCAGGCACCUAAAAAGAGGUGAGCGGCUGGUCCAGACUCUCCUGCUCCGUCCCUUUCACGCUGGUCUCUGGACCCUUUUACUUGCAGGCUGCCUCAGACACUCCAGUUUUCUCUACCACUUCAUUCUUGUGUACAGUUAAAAACAAACAAAAAAACCUGGAGUGUUUUGACAUUGUUUUCCUGUUUUGAACUGAGUACUUUUUAUAAACAUUUUUUCUUGUAUGCCAUGUAUGCAUUUACUCAACUACGAUGUUUAUUCCUCAGCCCAUUCAGGAUGUUUUAAUCAACAUUUUGUGAAACCAACAAUAAGCUUUAUUCACCUUCAGAUUAAAACUUCUCAUUGUGAUUUUACUAAGUGCACGCUGAGUGAUCUGACAGCUUUUGUUAGUUUGUGUCAAAUCAACAUAUUUUCUGCCUGUUCUUAAUAGUUUGUUUUUGAGAAAUGAGUUUUCCUACAGAGUCAGAUACGAUUGAUAAAACUAUGUCCAUCCACCUUCUUUACCCUUUUAUGGUUCAUGGGGGAGCUGGUGCCUGUCCCCACACUGAACUGAUCACAAGUCCAUCACAGGACCACAUUGAGCCAAACAAGCAUUCUCAACUCAUUCACACCUUGGGACAAAUCAGUUACUGAUGAUUCAAACAUGCAUGUUUUUGUUUCUGUGGGAGGAAACCAGGGUACCCAGAGAAAAACCACACAUGCAUGGGGAGCACAUGCUCCACACAGAAAGUGAACCAGUGACUUCCUUGCAGUGAGGCAACAGACCUAGCUGCACCACCCCAUCACUCAAAAAUUAAACACGCCAACUUAAGUCCGCU